CACUGUUUUGCGCUAAAUGCCGUAUUUCAGCUGUUUUUCCGGUGACAGCAGGGGAAUGACAACAUCGGUAGAUACGGCCCUUCUUCCAUUCAAGCCGACUACAAAACAUCGACAAAAACUGCGUUUGACAGGCGUGGAGUUAGUUUGAAAGUCUAGCAGGAAGCUGUCUGCCUUUGGAUUUAGGCGUCCGUGUUUGGAGAAAUUAUUCUUUAUGUGCCACUGGGAGCAGCAACAGCAGCAGCAUGGCAGAUGACAAGGACGUGUUGAGAGACGUUUGGUUUGGCCGGAUACCCACCUGCUUUACUCUGAACCAAGAUGAGGUUACUGAGAGAGAGGCCGAGCCCUACUAUCUGCUGCUGCCCAGGGUGAGCUACCUGACACUGGUUACAGACAAGGUGAAAAAACACUUCCUCAAAGUGAUGAGGGCAGAGGACGUGGAGGAGAUGUGGUUCGAGUAUGAAGGAACGCCACUGAAAUGGCACUAUCCAAUUGGAGUUUUGUUUGACCUCCAUGCCUCUAAUAAUGUGUUGCCCUGGAGCAUCACUGUGCACUUUAAGAAUUUUCCAGAUCAUGACCUGCUCCACUGCCCGUCCAACUCUGUGAUAGAGGCUCACUUCAUGUCCAGCAUUAAGGAGGCUGAUGCUCUGAAACACAAGAGUCAAGUUGUCAACGACAUGCAGAAGAAAGACCACAAACAGCUGUGGAUGGGCCUGCAGAACGAUAAGUUUGACCAAUUCUGGGCCAUGAACAGGAAGCUGAUGGAAUAUCCCACUGAGGAUGGAGGGUUCAGAUACAUCCCCUUCAGGAUAUACCAGACUAUGAGCGACAGGCCGUUCAUCCAGAAACUGUUUCGCCCUGUUUCACCUGAAGGCAGUGCACACUCACUUGGCGACCUCCUGAAGGAGAUGUACCCAGAUGCUAUAACAAAUGAUGGUGAGCAGAAACGUUACCAGGUGGUGAUCCACGGUAUCGAACCGCUUCUGGAAACUCCUUUGCAGUGGCUCAGCGAGCACCUCAGCCACCCCGACAACUUCCUGCACAUCUGCGUCAUCCCCGUCCCCACUGAUUGAGGCCACACCCCUACACCUCAGUGUCACCAUGACGACGCACCGGCCAACCAGCUGACCCACCAGCCAGCUGGGUAACCCCCAGAAACGGUAUCGUUUUCGGUUGGAAGCUUUUGAACUAACAGACUCUUGAACGAGAAGGAGAUCAGAUUCUUAAAGAUGAACAAAGGAUGUGAAGGCGGUGUUGAACAAACCUCUUUCCAUCUUGUUGCCCGUUUAUGUUUCUAUCCUGUUCCCACUACUACUCCUCUUUUCCCCUCAGAAAAUGUGUUCAUAGGACACAAGAAUGAGAAGAACUUAUUUUCCUUCCCAACAAGGUGAGAUGAUCAGCAAAGAUCUCUUUUUCUAUUCUACUAUCUCACAUCUCCUUUUUCUACUCAUCUCUGAACAUCUAAAUUGAAAGAGAGUAGGUGAAUUGAUUCUUUGUUUUUCCAUCCUGGUGUACACCUCCUUUCUCGCCUACUCAAAGACUUUACUGUGGACAGUGAGAUGGGAUUGUUUGCAAUUUGAGGAUCACUGUAUCCAGUCCUGCUGAAGUUGCCUUAGUUACUACAUUAUCAUCAUCAUUGUCAUCGUCCUUUCACAAUGUGUGGACGUACAGGAGUCAGUCUGAGUUUACAUUAUUCUCUGACCCACAAAUACUGCAUUGUUUCGACUGACAAAGUGAGCUCCAGUAAGAAGAGAAAGAGCUGUUUUGGAUGUUUAAAGGCAGCGACUGCUGACACAUUAUUUCCCUUCACUGAUCCCAGCACAUCUGGUUUGGACUAAAUGUGUGAUAUGUUGAGUUUAGCAUCUAAUUAUGAGUUAGUUGCAAAAGAAACUUAACAAGCAGACAGAAUGCCCAAAGUCAUUGUCUGAUACUCUUCCUGAAUCAGCAUUAAAUUGUAGCUUUAACUUGAAAACAGUGUAAUUCCAUUAUUCCUGUUUACCUUUAAGAAAAGUUCUGGUUUUAAGCAACUUAAGGUCUUAAUUUUGUUGUUGAAAUUAUCUGGAAUUAACUUUUAAUGGUGGAUAAUGUCGGCAACUAUCAAAACCAAAUGGAUGAACUAAUAAUACUGUGGUGUUUUUGUUGAGAGGGAGGCUGCACUUGUUUGUUUGUAACUUAUUUUUGCUGUUUCUGCCCAGACAAGAUGGAGAUACAGGAUUUUCACAGGGUAACAUUUGAGAGUCAUCUAGCUAUUUAUGAGGCUUAAGCAUUUUGUGCGGGGGUCAUGGGGAAAAAAAGUCCACACAUGUUUUCAAUAUCAAGUGUUGAUUUCUCCCCAUCAGUACAACACUCUUUAGCGGUUUUUACUGUCUGUUUUUGUCAGAUUUGGCCCAAGCUUCUUUGUCUGCUGCCAAACUUAAAUGAGCAUCUGGUUUUGUAUCGUUUAAAGAACUCCGCUUAGGUAAUGCGGCGGCAGGCGCGAUUAGCAUUAAGUCUGCAGGCUGUUGGGGGCCUAGACUGUUUUUACAUGCACUACAUAUGCUGUGCACGUCAUAUUUUAGUUCAUGGACACAAACAAAAAUGGCAAUAGCAGACAAAUGUUUUGACAGCAUAGUAGCAGUAGCAGAGAAAUGCCAAGUCUGGAUUUGUUUGCUUCAUGUUGACACUUUUUUUCUUGACUUCUGCUUCUCAUAUCAACAUCUUUUUUUUAAAUGUUCACAAUGAAAUACAGUUACAUUCAAGCAUUCAUGUGAGACAGUUCAUAAUGACUUAUAAUAAAAUUGAGUUGAUUUAAAUAUUUAAUUGUCAGAGUAUCAAGUUUAUUGUGGAGACAGCACUGCUUUAUGUACUAAAAUGCCCAAUCUAUAGCUCUACAUUAGUGUUUUUGUUAUUUUUACUUUCAUUCAAACAAGACUAAUUCAGGGAACUCUUCAGUUUUAAUUUAAGUCUUUUGUGGUGUUUGAUAAAUCAGACUGACACAGAUGUCCCACACUCACUGGGUAUAAUGUCCUAAAGUGAAAAUUUAAUUUAUUUAGUUUUAUGUUCCAGGUAAACUAUUUCUUAUCUAAAAUAAGGGUCCACCAUGCCCUCAGCCUCAGUUACCCUCACUUUCUAGCAGGGUGAAGAUGGAAAUGUCAUUGUUUCUAGUUCCCUGUAAUGUUGCCAGAGUUACAGUAAAAAUACCAAAGAGUAAAUAUUAUCUUUUUUUUCAAAACAACGCAGAUCUAUUAGAACCAGCAAAGACUGAAGAGGCCCCACGUUCCCAUAUUACAAAAAAUGUCAUGUUUUUUAAUUACUCCGCCAAGGAAUGCUGCGAAGUUGUGAUGAUCGGCGUUUGUUUGUCUGUGAAUCUGUCUGUCUGUGUGCAACAUUUUCAAAAACGGACAAACAGAUUUGGAUGAAAUUUUCAGGGAAGGUCAGAAAUGACACGAGGACCACCUCAUUAGAUUUUAGCAGUGAUGCAGCUUAUAGUCGGGAUCCACGGAUUUGUUAAGGAUUUCCCAUUGUGAGAUAUAGUGGCCGGUACGGUGUCACCGUAACCAUGACAGCAAGCGAACACUGUCAGUUACCUGCAUCAAUUCACUUGACCUGCAACAUUUUUCGGUCACGCAAUUCGGUAUCUGUACAUAACGUACACAUGCACAACAUGCCUGUGCUCACGCAAGGUAAUUUUUUAUUUGUUUAGUUAGUUUGUGGAUCGAUCUAUAUUAAAUGGCCAGAUUCGAUCAGAUGUUGCUGUGAUUUCUGAAUACACAAAUUGAGGAAUGAACAGUCUUGGCAGAGUACUACGCUCUCUGAGUGCUUUUCUUAUUUAAAGCUGUGGUGGGAAGUAUUUCACGCUAAACUUUUAGCAUUUUAUAUUUCAAGUUGUUUCCAGGGAAACUAGAUUUUUGUACUUCCUUUUGACUCUGUUUAGGAAAUCUACCCUGUGAUGGGAGAUGCUACCCAAUCACAGUGUUUCAUCCAGAUCACGUGGAACAGUAUCCAUCGCAACAAAGUCCAUUGUGAUUGGUAGAUAUGGUGACACAAUGGGAUACAUGGAGGACUUUCAGUCGAGAGGUUGGGGUUUGACUGUACUAUUGAAGCACAUGCUUAUCUGUUGAAGGUCUGUAUAUUUUUAGAUUCUGACAAUUUCCCUGUUUUGCCUUUUCCAGGUUUCUACUACUGCAGCUUUAAGUAAUAAGACUUUUUCAGUCUCCAGCAGUUCAACUAAAAACUGUGCACAAUGAUAUGUAAGCAACCAACAGUUUGAGACCAUUUGUGGAAGGAAAUGUUACUUGUGGUUUCUUUAUUUGAUCACAAGCAUAUUCCAUUCACCUCCAUUGUAUUUGCAUGAUAAAUGUUUCCAACUCAAAUUGAUUUGCUUAGGUGUAGCGCUACAGUGAUGUGCUACUUAGUGAAAGUGUCUUAUUGUGCUUUUUUGGGUUUGAACCGUCAGAAGAGACAAAGUCGGCUUCCCUCCCCUUCGGUGCUUUACCAUCUUUUCACUUUAUCCAUCUCAUAAAGAACAUCUCUCUCUUAUGUGUUUUACUGCUGACACUCACCCUCCCUCUCGCUCUUCAUCUCUCCUGGUUAAUUGUCUGUUGGCAUUCCACCCGCUGCUAAUGAGACCACUAAACUGUCCAGACAGGCCUCAGGGUGCUCUGUCACUACAUAUAGGUGUGUGUGUGUGUGUGUGUGUGUGUGUGUGCUGUUGUGAGCAAACUUGUUUCCAGGGAAUUGAACUGUACAGUGUGAGUGUGUGUACAUAAUUACAGACAGCAUUUAUAGCCCCCUGCAGGUGUGUGCAUGUGCUUGAAGACAUCCAUUUGAAUACUGCCCCUCUCUCUCCCUCGCUCUCUCUAACACACUCACACUCUCGUCUGUUGUCACACUGCCAGUCUGCUAAUUUAAAGUGUGUGUGUGUGUGUGUGUGUGUGUGUGUGUGUUGUGUGAGUGAUGUCACACAUCAUGUCAUCACGUCAGGCUUCCUCACCGCUGUUGCUGCCGCCAAGCAUGAUGGGACGGCGGGUUUAUGGAGUUGAGUCAAGACCCGGGGCUCGGCGUGGGAGUGAAAGUAGCAGUUCCUCCUUAAGGUCAGAGAUUGCAGCAUCUGAGGGCCUCUUCAAAAGAAGAUGUAGUUGAUGAAGGCGUUCUGGAGCAGGACCAGAAAGACCACGACCAAGCAGCCUUGAGAUCUUAGGCAGCGUCUCCCUCAGGUUCCUCUCUAUCUCCCCAGACAUCCACCAACCACUGGAACACAUCUCCAAAGUUCUGCCGGGCCAGCUCAGCUUCCCCUCAGAAGAAGUGCAGCCACCUGCCAGAUGAAGGAGCCUUUUGAGAGGCAGCUGGCAUCGUGAUUGGACUGUACUUUGGUCUGUUCCAGUCCAGCUUCAGCUCCAGAGACGGCAGGCGGGACGAGUCAACGGAGGCCGGGUGGACGAAGGCAUGAAGCUGAGUACAAUCCAGAAAACAACAGAGGAGGAGUGCAGGGCCAGAACAAACAGAGUAGCAUGGUAUGUCUCUUAGAAAACAUCAUAGUAUAGCCUUUGGUAUGAAAAAACGCCAUCAUAUACAUCGUAUAUUGUACAAAUAACAAGUCAAAGCAAAGAGACAUACAUUGUAGAAUUGUAGUAAUUGUGGGCUGACUGAUUUACUGAUUAUCAGUAUUUUAUUUUUUACUGAUUUACGGUAAUAAAUACAUUUAAAAAUGGUG